AUGAGAGCAUUGAAAAACAAACUCCAAUUCUUUGAUUCCUACUUUCUUCCAUGCUCUCACCGUGUUUUUCGUCUUUCUACCUCUAACAAUUCAUCUAAAGUUUCACACCCUGAUAAAAUAACACAACAAUUUUCCAACUCAGACAUUGACGCCUCACGUUCACUUUUCAACGAGAUUACUGAGAUUUUAGGGUCUGACACUGUGUUCCCAUACAAUUCCCCAUCUGGGUUUUUGUUUCCAUUUGAAAUUCGUGACACUAAGGUUGGUUUUAAGGAGAAACAUGAUUGCGCUGAACGUGUUUGUGAAAAUGCUGAAGAGAGUGUGGUAGUUGGUAAAGAUGAAAACUUUCCUGUUUUGGAAGAUACCCGGGUGAGUAAAAUGGGAGAGGAAGAUAUAUGCAGGAUGGUGGGUGAGGUUACGGAAAUAAUUCGAGGAGAAAAUGGUUAUCUUUCUUUGGAAGAGAGGUUAGAGAGUAUGGGUUAUUGUGAAUUGAAUGUUGAGGUUUUUGACAGAGUGUUGAAAAGGUGUUUUAAAAUGCCACGUUUGGGUUUGAGGGUUUUCAAUUGGUUGAAGGUUAAGGAUGGGUUUAGUCAUACAACGCGGACUUAUAAUACCAUGUUGUGCCUUGCUGGAGAAGCUAAGGAGUUUGGGUUGGUGAAGAAGUUGGUAGAGGAAAUGGGUGAAUGUGGAGUUCAGAAGGAUGUCAAUACGUGGACCAUUCUUGUAUCUCAAUAUGGGAAGGCUAAGAAAAUAAGUGAAGCCUUGUUGGCUUUUGAAAAUAUGCAAAAGUGUGGCUGUGAACCUGAUGCUGUUUCGUAUAAAACGGUAAUUCAUAUGCUUUGCAGUUCGGGUAAAGGUGAUAUUGCUAUGGAGUUUUAUAAUGAUAUGGUCCGGAAGGACAUUGUACUUGAUGAUGUAAGACUGUAUAAGAUGCUCAUGAACUGUAUGGCAAAAUCAGGAGAUGUUGCAGCUGUUAGUUUGCUUGGAAAUGACAUGAUCCGGUUGUGUCUGAUGCCAGAGAGCGGUGUUCUUGGAUGUAUGCUUAAGAGCUUUUGUAUUUCUGGGAGGAUGAAAGAGGCUUUGGAAUUGAUUCGCGACCUCAAAUAUAAAGAUGUAGUUCUUGAACCUGAAUAUUUUGAGACUUUGGUAAGAGGGCUGUGUAAAGAAGGCAGGAUUUCAGAUGCUCUAGAGAUCGUUGAAAUUAUGAAGAGAAGGGAAAUUGUUGAUGGGAACGUUCACGGAAUUAUAAUAAACGGGUAUUUACGAAGAAAUGAUGUUCGCAUGGCACUUGAUGUGUUUCAAAAUAUGAAUGAAUCUGGUUAUAUGCCUACGGUUUCCACAUAUACAGAACUGAUACAGCAUCUCUUUAGGUUGAGUAGGUAUGAAGAAGCUUGCACGCUGUAUGAUGAGAUGCUGGGAAAAGGAAUUAAACCAGAUAUUGUGGCUAUAACAGCCAUGGUUGCCGGCCAUGUUUCACAAAAUCGUAUAUCCGAUGCUUGGAAAAUUUUCAAGAGUAUGGAGUGUCAAGGCAUCAAGCCUACAUGGAAAUCAUAUUCGGUAUUUAUUAAGGAACUUUGUAAGGCUUCAAGGACCGAUAACAUUAUCAAGGUAUUGUAUGAAAUGCAGGCUUCGAAGAUUGUAAUCAAAGAUGAAGUAUUUCAUUGGGUUAUAACUUACUUGGAGAACAAAGGGGAGCUUGCUUUAAAAGAGAAAGUCCAACAGAUGCAUUCAGCAUCUAAACUUGUUCCUGAAAAUUUUGAGUCCGAAAAACAAGUGUUGUUUAGAAAUGAGGUGGAAGAAGAUCCAGGAGUUGACCAAUCAAAGUCCGAGAAGGUAGAUUACUCAUUACGACAGCCAAUACUUAAGACUUACAGUGAGCAAGCUGUUCGCGAUAUCUGUAGGAUACUCUUAUCCUCUCUACAUUGGUCUUCAAUCCAAGAACAAUUGGAGAAAAGCAACAUUGAGUUCACCCCAGAAUUUGUUAUGGAGACAUUGCAAAUAUGCAGAAUGCAUGGUCACACCGUGCUAAACUUUUUUUCAUGGGUGGGAAAGCAACCCGGUUACAGACACACCGUAGAAUCAUACAACAUUGCAAUCAAAAUCGCCGGGUGUGGGAAAGAUUUCAAGCACAUGCGAAGCCUGUUUUAUGAAAUGAGAAGAAACAAUUAUCCAAUAACACCAGAAACAUGGACAAUCAUGAUAUUGCUCUAUGGCCGAACAGGACUAACAGAGAUGGCCAUGAAUUGUUUCAACGAGAUGAAAGCCGAUGGUUAUAGUCCAAGUAGGAGUACAUACAAGUUUUUGAUCAUCGCCUUGUGUGGGAGGAAAGGAAGGAAAAUCGACGAUGCUCUCAAAAUAUAUAAUGAGAUGAUCAACUCAGGACAUGUCCCCGACAAAGAAUUGAUUGAAACCUAUCUUGGUUGUUUAUGUGAAACGGGUAGAAUCUCAGAGGCUAGGAAAUGCAUAGAUUCACUUCAAAAAAUCGGCUACACAGUUCCCCUUAGCUACUCUUUGUUUAUAAGAGCUCUUUGUAGAGCUGGAAAAGUAGAAGACGCAUUGAAAUUAGUCGAAGAGGUUGGAGCAGAGAAAUCUUGUGUAGAAAAGCUAACAUCUGGAAGUAUAAUACAUGGUUUAUUACAAAAGGGUAAAUUAGAAGAAGCGUUAGCUAAGGUGAAUGCGAUGAAACAAGAGGGGAUAAAACCUACCAUCCAUGUUUACACAUCAUUAAUAGUGCAUUUCUUUAAAGAGAAACAGGUUGAAAAAGCUACCGAGAUUUAUCGGGAAAUGCAAGAAUCCGGUUAUGAACCAAAUGUUGUUACAUAUUCUGCACUUAUACGCGGGUACAUGAAAGUAGGGAGGUACAAUGAUGCAUGGAAUGUGUUCUACCGUAUGAAAUUUAAAGGACCAUUUCCCGAUUUUGAAACAUAUUCUAUGUUCCUUUCUUGUCUAUGCAAUGUUGGAAAAUCAGAAGAAGCAAUGAGACUUAUUUCAGAUAUGUUGGAGAGUGGGAUUGUUCCUAGUACUAUUAACUUUCGAACAGUUUUUUAUGGGCUAAACAGAGAAGGGAAACAAGGUUUAGCACGUUCUGUGUUGCAACAAAAAUCAGAAAUGAUCAGAAAGCGUAAGCUCAUAGCUUGA